UAUUUGUGACGAAGUUACUAGGUCGGACGCCACGACGACGUGAUGCUUCGCUCCCUAGUCCGCCGCGAUGCGCUCCCUCCGUCGACGCAACUCAGUCGCGUCCUCUUCUUCUCCACCGGCGCCACCGCUUCUCCCGAUCCCCACUUCAUGGUCGAGUACCUCGUGAAUAAAAUGGGGUUCUCCGCCGACGAUGCUUCCAAGGUCUCCAAGUUGCUCCCUCGUAUUAAGUCCACCGAGAAGCCGGACUCCGUUCUUCGAUUCUUCAGAUCUCAGGGCCUUGAUGGUGCUACUCUGAGAAGGAUAAUAGUUUGGAAACCAGGAUUGUUGAGCUGGGAUGUGGAGACUAACCUCGCUCCAAAGUUUAAACUUUUGGGGGAAAUGGGAUUAUCUGAGUCCGACAUCGUCGAUAUCGUUCGGCGGCACCCUAUCGUUAUUGGCUUCAACAUCCAGAAGACGCUUCUCCCCAGAUUGAAGAUUUGGGAAAGUUUAUUUGGAUCGAGGGAGAUCCUCCUCAAGAAUCUGCGGAGUAGUAGAUGGUUUUUUGGCAGCAACAUUGAGAAUGUAGUGCGCCCUAACAUGAACUUCUUACGGGAUGAAUGUGGCAUUCCUGAAGAGCGAAUUUCUUUUGUCCUUAAAAGGAUCCCCAGCUUCAUCACACAAAAACCAGAUUCCAUCCGGGCUUUGGUAGAUCGAGUUGAGGGGAUCGGAAUUCCCCGGGGAUCUCGGAUGUUCUUCUCGAUCCUUGUUGUGCUGCACAGGGUCAGCAGGGAAAAAUUUGAGGCCCACGUCAAGAUCAUGAACAGCUUUGGUUGGUCCAACUCGGAUUUCUUUGCUGCAAUGAAGAAACAUCCUAAGUUUGUAUGGUUUUCUACGGAGAUGUUGCAGAGAAAGAUGGAAUUUUUAGUCAAGGAUGUUGGAAUUGCACCUUCAGACAUUACUAAGUGGCCAAUGUUUCUAACACUCAGUUUGGAAAAGAGGUUAAUUCCUCGAUUUCAUGUAAUGGAGAUGUUAAAAUCUGAAGGGUUAUGGACUUCACAAGACACGCUACAUACAAUUUUUAUAUCACCACCACCAAAUUUUUUGCAAAAGUAUGUGUUCCCUUACAAAGAUAAAUUACCCAAACUGCUUGAAGUCCUGUGAGUUGUAGCUGAGUUCAAAGGAAAUGAUCCAGACUGCGAAUGAAUGCCAGGAUUUAUUUGGAGUUGGGUGUAUGCCAGGCUACAAUGCCUGUAUGCCAAGGUUAUAGAGCAACCGUCUUCUUUCAAACUGAUUUUAUCAUCAUUUGGUUAAUGUUUUUGAAAGUUGAAGUAGCAUAAAUUCACAUUGCAAGCGCCUUCAUUAAGCUGUAUGGAAAAUGAUAUUCUUAUUCAUGUAUUUGAAGUAUAUUUAGCUGAGACUCUGAUAGUUAAAUAAUUUGAAUUGUACAGUGAUUAUAAACAAGAUUAGUUGAAUCAACCAAAACUAAAGGUACUAGAUCAAAGGAAACUCUAUUUGUAAUAAUUCAUAGUUACUUAAAAGGAUCUGAUUAUU